AUGUCCAAGAAUGGAUAUUUUUUUCAAGAAAUGGAGCAGCGGGAGGUGGAGCAAGAGGAAGGCAGCGAGGGCCGAGAAGAAGGACAGGACUCUCCCAUUGCCAGCGGUGAUGACAUCCACCUGUACGAGAACCAGAUCAGCCCUGGUCCAGAUGCUGAUGACUCUGGGUGUGUGUUACUCAACACAUCACGAAGGUAUGUGAAGCUAAUGAACUUUGAAGAGGAGGUGCGGGCGCACAGAGACCUGGACGGGUUCCUGGCUCGAGCAAGUAUAAUCCUGGAUGAGACCGCUGCAUCCCUGGACGACGUGUUGAAAAGGAUGCUGCAUCAUGUGGCCCAGGACAGCCACGCACCUGAGCCUGCCUGCAACUUUGAGGAGGUGAUGAGCUUGUUGUUCACUGACGCCGGAGCCCAGGAGGUGAACGACAACUCUCAAAGUUUCGUUUUCUUUGAUGACGUUCACCUUCUGUCAGAGACCAUCCAGGGAGUGACGGCCACAGCUACGGGAGUCCGAUACCAGCAGUCCUGGCUCUGCAUCCUAUGUAACGUCAAGAGUCUGCAGCGACGUCACGUGUGCAUCUCGCGCCUCGAGCGGCCUCAGAACUGGGGGGAAAACUGUUGUGAAGUCCGCUAUGUCAUCUUGGUGCUGGCCCCACUCAAAAUGAAAAGCACGAAGACUGCAAUGGAGCUAGGCAGGACGUUCGCCACUCUGUUCUCAGACAUUUCGUUCAGGCAGAAGCUUUUAGAGACCAAGACGCAGGAGGAGUUCAAGGAAGCACUGGUGUUUCAGAGGCAGCAACUGACAGCAACCAACACUCUGCCCAUUCCUCUGGGCAUGGAGGAGACGGACCCCCGCAGCCUGAAGCCACUCAAGUGUAAAGAUUUCUUCAAAGCUGGCCGUGGGAUUUACGAAGACUUCUGCCGGAGACUGCCUUUCUACAUGUCAGACUUCACAGAUGGUAUUGUUGGCAGUAAUAAAACGCUGCUCAAGUACAUGACGACGGCCAUCUUUCUCUACAUUGCCAUCCUCCUCCCUGCCAUCGCGUUUGGCUCACUCAAUGACGAGAGUACGCGAGGAGAGAUAGAUGUUCGUAAAACCAUCAUUGGGCAAAGCAUCGGAGGGGUCAUUUACUCACUGUUUGCAGGUUCUCCUCUGGUCAUUCCACUGACCACUGCCCCUCUAGCCAUCUUCAUCAGCGUCAUUCGAGGUAUAUGUGAUGACUACAAUCUGGACUUCCCAGCAUUUUAUGCUUGCAUCGGCCUCUGGAACUGUUUAUUUCUCAUACUGGGAGGCAUCUUCAACCUCAGUCUACUAAUGAAGCUCUUUAAAAGGUCAACUGAAGAGGUCAUAGCACUGUUCAUUUCAAUUGCAUUUGUUGUUGAUGCAGUCAAAGGCACAGUUAAAAUUUUUCAGAGAUACUACCACCCUCCAACACUAUCGAACAGAAGUGUAGAUUUGCACCGGAGCGUGGAUGCGUUAGUGGCGAACAGGAGCAGUGUAGCAGCCGGCUUCGCCUUGAACGCUUUCCCCGAAUCCAUCAUUCACUGCAGUCGUGAGCGGCCAUUGCUGUGUAUGCUGCUGAUGCUGGGCACUUUAUGGAUGGGCUACACCCUGUACCAAUUCAAACGCAGUCCGUUCCUGCAUGCCAAAGUGAGGGAGGUACUCUCGGACUGCGCCCUGCCCAUCUCCGUGCUCAUGUUCUCCUUCAUCGGCUCCUACAUCUUCAGCGACAUUGAGCUUCCAGUGUUUAAAGUUCACAACCGGCCCAUCUUCAACGUGGCUCCUUUUGAACGUCUGUCGGCUCUCAACGUGGUCAGUGCCAUGGGACUUGGCUUUCUGUUGGCUCUGCUCAUCUUUAUCGACCAGAACAUUGUUGUGUCGCUGACAAAUGCACCGGAAAACAGGCUGCUGAAGGGCACAGCCUACCACUGGGACCUAAUGCUCUCUGGCCUCAUUAACAUCUUGAUGUCGGUGAUGGGGUUGCCGUGGAUGCAUGCGGCUUUUCCUCAUUCCACGCUCCACGUGCGGCAGCUUGCUUUUGUGGAGCAGCGCGUGGAAGGUGGCCACCUCUAUGAAACUAUUGUCCAGGUGAAGGAGACCCGGUUGACGUCUCUUGCUGCAAACAUCUUUAUCGGUGUGUCAGUGCUGCUGCUGCCCAUGCCGUUGCAAUACAUCCCAAAACCCGUCCUGUACGGCCUCUUCCUCUACAUCGCACUCACCUCCAUCGAUGGCAACCAGAUGUGCGACCGCAUGGCCCUUCUGCUAAAGGAGCAGACAUCGUACCCUCCCACCCACUACAUCCGCAAAGUGCCCCAGAGGAAGAUCCACUACUUCACCUUCCUGCAGAUGAUGCAGCUGCUGGUGCUGUGCACGUUUGGCAUGUACCCCAUCCCGUACAUGAAAAUGAUCUUUCCUCUGGUCAUGAUCUUUCUAAUCCCAAUGAGGAACAAUGUUCUUCCUCAUAUCAUUGAGGCCAAAUACUUGGACAUAAUGGAUGCUCAGCAUAUGUAG